UAUGAAUUUUACUUUGAGAGUGUUGUAUGCUGCAAAUUUAUUCAGUUUUGUAAAAACUAAAACUAAAAAAAAAAUUUUUCAUUUAAGAUUCAAACGACAAAUGGUCUGCAGUAGGACAUCGAUUGAAUGAAAAGUUGUAUUGAGAACAUCAUUAAAAUAUGUCGAAAUUGAUAAUUGAUCAUGAAACUCAGGAGUCAGAAGGUGGAGAAGAUGAUCUACACAAAUAUCUUGUUAACUGUAAGAAGAAUCCAGGUCAUGUACAGUUUAUACCUGUUGAUACAUUCACCUUGCAACAUUUACCCGAAGGUCAUCAAGAUAAUGAUUUAUUUGAGCUCAUCAAAGCUACAGCUGACCUGACAGUUAGAGUAGAUGUUAAAAUGAUCACUUCACCAAAGUGGAGGAGAGGAAGUGGAAGUGUGUGGUUUGUAAAUAAGUUUCAUGAUGGAGUCAUACAAGAUGGAGUUCAUGGACAUACUGACUACACAAAGUGUUGGUGUAGAAAAUGUCAAGAUUCAAAUUCACCCAGCAAAGUCUGGUGGGAAUUUUCUGUGUACACAGCUACACAUGUGAUUUUUGAUGUUCAGGAAAACCAGACUAGCUUAAGAUUGUUUUAUGACAGAGACGAUAGUCCAGUGAUCAGUGUUAACGAUGUCAGAGUUGUAGAUAAAGACAUCAAUUCUGAUCGUUGUGAGUUGAAAUGUGUGACAUGUGACAGAAAUAUUGGCAAUAAAUUAUUGAAAAUGUGUAAACUUUAUGAAAAUAUCUGGAAAAAUGUCUUCACCAGAUACUCCGCCUCUAAAUCUAAACAUAGAAUAAACUUUAUAGUGUCACAUCCCCAUGGUUGUUCGAAACAGGUCAGUGUUGGUCAAUGUAAGGACAGACUAGAGGAGGGAGAUGGAACUAGGUUUACUUAUACAACUUGCACGUGUCCAGGAAGUAGUGGAGCACAUGUCCAGUGUAUUGGGUAUGAUGGUGACUGGUUGUGGUAUAAUCUAAUCCACUGUGGAAAUUUACAUUCUGGAUUAAAUGGUAGUGCAUUCGGUUAUCACUAGAUAUUUGUUCAUCUUGUUAGAUCAAAAGUUAACUUACAACAUGGUCAUCCUUUUUUAUAUUUACAUUUGACAUUUAUUUUAGGAUUAAAAAAAAUAAAAUUUAACAUUUCUGAAUCUUAACAUAAAUCAAUUAAUUUCAUUUCUCCAUAUAUUUUUUAACUCAUGUUCAAAAUCAUUUUAUAAUAUAAUGUAAUUAAGUAUUAUCAUGAUAUUAAUUUUAUUUUAAAUAUUAUAUAUGAAUAAAUAUAUGAUUGAAAAUAUUAACAAAAUUAUUAAUAUCUCAUAACUAUUGGUCUGUAUUUCUUUAAAUAAGCAUAAAAAUGCAUGCUAACAAUUAUUAAAAUUAAAAAGUAUAAUUUGUAAAAGUAACUAAAAUAAAAAUUGUCAAAUAUACAAUUCAUUAUAAAAUAUUUGAAAAAAAGUUCUUCAAUUUUUUCACAAAAUUACAAAUGCUCCCUUCAUUAUUCUACAUUAGGGCCAGUCUAAGCCUUACACGAGUGCAGAGGAAAUCACUUUUUUUUCAUCACCAUUAAAUUACGAUUUACAGUCAAUUGUUUUUCUAGUAGAGAACUAAAUAUUUUGAAUACACAGUUGUUAUGAGUUUCAAACGUUAUGUUAAUUUUGUCAGCAAAUUACAUUUGUAACGAUUAGGCUGUUAAAAACAUUUCAGAUUAGCUUUCAUCCUAGGUUUAGACCGACCUUUUGGUUAAAAGAUCCAACUACUGCUACAGAGAGGAAGAAACGUUAUUUGAGAUAUGCCUGGCACCAGACUUACAGAAAUUCACUUGGACAGAAUUCUGUUCCAGAUACGCAUUACGUACAACCUCAUGGCUUGUAAACAUGUCAUUAUUUAAACAAACAGCUAGCAUUACACACCGGCUUAUUUGUUCCCAAGCUAUAGGGCCUAUAUUUCUAAAAGCCUCCCCUCCUUUUUAAAAGCUCUUAUCAACUGACUCUGUCUGUCUGUCUGUUUGGUAAAAAGUUUGUGCAUGUUAUUUCUGCUACACCCAAUCUCGGAUCAAGUUGAAAUUUUGCACAAUGAUUUCUUUUACCUUAGCAAACAAUAAUUAUUAUCUAUUUAUUGUUAGACUAAAUAUAAUUGCAUGAAUGAUUGACGCCAGUUCUAGCGAUUUAGAAAAUGCUUAAUAUGCGUCAUAUCUUACGUCGUCAUUUAAAGAUCUAGACCUUAAGCUAUUUUUAUAGUUAUUUAUUGCUAGUCGAGAUAAAAUAGCUUCACCUCCAAUGAGCCGUAUUAAACUAAUUUCCUCCCCAAAACACACACAAUUUAUAUGUGAACAUUCUUUGGAUUUUUUAUGUUAGAUAUAAAAUUCAUAUUUCUAGACUGUUACUGCUAGGAACCUUGUAAGGGCCGCCACUCCAGCAACGGGUCUCUGAUGAAGGCCCCUUUGGUGCAACCUUUGAUAAUUAUAUUUUUUAAAAAAAGCUCACCGAAGUAACCUAAAUGGGACCAGGUUUAUUACCGUUUUCCUUACACUAACAGACGUUUCCAUUAGCGCGCCAUGCUGGAACCACAAGAGUUAUAAUAUGCAUGUGUUCCUUUCCUUUUUCACAAGACGUAACAAAUAUAAUAUACUAGAAGUAGUGCUACAUUAGUGAUAUUUUACAUAGAGUUUAGAAUAAAUCUAUUUUUAGAUUAAAUUGCCUUAAGAAGUCUUUUGAAGAGGAAAUUCACAAAUCAUACUUAGUUUUUUUUAUUAUUAUUAUUAUUGAAAAUGGCAAGUACGGAACCUUAUAUAUCUAGGCGUUAUCAUCAACAACAAGCUUUCAUGGAAAGACCACCUUCGAACUCUGACAAAGAAAACAGCCCAGCGAAUCUUUUUUCUAUACAAACUCAACAGUUUUAAAUUAAACAAGAAGAUCCUUGAGACAUUUUACGGCGCGACUGUACAAAAUCUGCUAACAUACGGAAUAAGUUGUUGGCAAUGCAACGCCUCAUCUAAACUGUUGCAACGUCUAGAAAACAUCAUUAAAAAAGCAUCAAAAAUUACACUCACAACAUUACCACAUUAAAAAGAACUUUUUGAACAAACGUGCCUAAGAAAAAUCGAAAAAAUCUUGGAAGACAACGGCCAUCCGCUCCAUCAGAACUACGCCAGGUCGUCGCGAAGUGGGCGACUGCUGUCAAUCAAAACAAGAACGGAGCGGUACAAAAACUCGUUCGUACCUCACUCGGUCAGACUCUAUCACCGCCACUCAUUGAUCAGGGAACAUGAAAUGCACCAAGAUACCUGUUUG